GUCCAAACAGCACAACCGUAGACAGACAGACAGGCUGACUGACACUCGUUGAAAUCAUAGUUGCUCAGCUGUUCUGUUCGUAGUUCACGCUUCGAGUGUGUUUUGCGUGGGCCAUAGUUUGACAUAAUGUUCGUGUCUGUGUUUAACAUUACGUUUUAGUGUGUUUACAAAACCAAUAAUAUUUUUAGUAAAUAAUUUGCAUUCAUGUCUUAAAUGUUACUGGUUAGAACAUGUACCUAAACCAAGCCAUAAUGGGUUCGUUUUAGUUUACCAAACGUACAUUCAACAAUUUUUCAAACAACCAAGAGUGCUCAGAAAAUGUAAUUUUCUUUGGCUUUUAAAAUUGUUUAUUAUAUUUUGGUGUAAAACCACCUUGCAACAUGGCUGAUGAUGAAUCGAGUGUACGAGUUGCAGUUAGGAUCCGGCCCCAGACUCCCCGGGAGGUGAUAGACAUGUGUCGAGUGUGUACGGCGGUUACACCAGGCGAGCCUCAGGUCACACUCGGCAGCGACAAGUCCUUCACCUACGACUAUGUGUUUGACAUGGGACAGAACCAGGAGGCCAUCUACGAGACCACGGCCAAGUCACUGGUGGAGGGCUCCCUCGAGGGUUACAAUGCAACAAUCCUCGCCUAUGGACAGACUGGUUCGGGUAAAACAUACACAAUGGGAACCGGUUUUGAAGUGGACAUAGAACAGGAGAAUGUAGGCAUCAUCCCCCGAGCCAUCAACCACCUGUUUGACGGUAUACAGAGGCAGAUAGCCCAAGCGAAGGAGUUGGGAGAGACCCCACCUGACUUUUCCGUCCAGGCGCAGUUUCUGGAGCUUUACAACGAGGAAGUCAUAGAUCUCAUGGAUCAGACGCAGGAUUACUCUUUAACUAAGUGCAAGAGUGGGAUCAAAAUCACGGAGGAGCCAGGUAGCCACUCUAUCUGUGUGAUGGGUGUGGAAAAACGAGAUUGUCACUCAGCGGCGGAGGCCCUACAGUUCCUGCGCCAGGGAGCUCUGUCUCGCACCACAGGCAGCACGCAGAUGAACGCUCAGUCUUCCCGCAGUCACGCGAUCUUCACGCUGCACAUCAAGCAGCAGAGGGUCACUAGGCUGGAGAAAGAUGAGGAGAUCAAAGACACUGGUGCUAGUCAAGAGUUCGUAACGUUCAGUGCCAAAUUCCAUUUUGUAGACCUGGCAGGGUCCGAGAGACUGAAGCGAACGGGAGCUACUGGUGACCGAGCCAAGGAGGGAAUAUCCAUCAACUGUGGACUGUUAGCUCUCGGGAAUGUUAUCUCUGCUCUGGGCGACAAGUCCAAACGUGCCCUUCACGUCCCCUACAGAGACUCCAAGUUGACCAGGCUGCUGCAGGACUCUUUGGGAGGUAACAGCCGAACUGUGAUGAUUGCCUGCGUAUCACCCAGUGACCGAGACUUUAUGGAAACCUUGAAUACCCUGAAGUAUGCAAACCGCGCCCGCAACAUACAGAACAAGGUGACCAUCAACCAGGACAAGUCCUCACGCACUAUCUCACUCCUGCGACAAGAGAUACAGCAGCUGCAACUUGAGCUAAUGGAGUACAAGCAGGGCAAGCGUGUGAUGGGUGAGGAUGGAGAAGAGACCGUCAACGAUAUGUUCCAUGAGAACAACAUGCUGCAGAGUGAGCUGGGUAACUUGCGGACCAGGGUGAAGGCUAUGCAGGACACCAUCGACAAUCUGAGUGCCAAGAACAUUCAGCUCCUGGCCGAGAAAGCAACGGGAGUUUGGCUCAACUCAGAGGCGGGUGCAGAAGGAGACAUGACGGAGAUGAUUCAGAACUACCUGAAGGAGAUAGAGGAGCUGCGAGCCAAGCUGGUGGAGUCAGAGUCGGUAUGUCAACAGCUGAGGCGGGGGCUGGCCCGGGGGGUGUUGGGGCCUCCCACCAGCCCUCCUGCUAGUGACAACGGCAGUGUGAGUAGUCUGUUAGCACUGGCCAAGCGAGAUCUACAUGGCAAGAUGGAGGCUUUGGCCCGUGGCAAGGAGGCCCUCACUGCAGAUAACAGGCGCAACGGGCACGACUCGGACCACUCGGAGAGCGAUGAAGCAGAGAGUGAGUCGGAGACUGAGUCAGAGGAGAAGGACAGUGAGUAUAGCCAGGAGCUAGCAGAACUGACAUCGGAGAUUAACCUCAAGCAGAAGCUGAUAGAAGAGUUGGAGCUGUCUCAGCAGAGAUUGCGCAGCCUCAAACACCACUAUGAGGAUAAACUACAACAGCUGCAAGCCAAAAUAAAGGCCACCCAAGAGGAGAGAGAUAAAGUGCUGGCUUCCUUCAGUGCCCAAAAUAAUCAGCCAACAGAAAAAGUCAAGAAAGUCCGGGAUGAAUUUGAACGUAAACUGAAUGACAUGCAAAAGGAAGUGAAGAAAUUGCAAACUGCCAAGAAGGAGCAUGCAAAAAUGCUAAGAAACCAAAGUCAAUAUGAAAGUCAAAUCAAAACACUUAGAAAUGAAGUAGUGGAUAUGAAGAAAAAUAAGGUUAAGUUAAUAAAUAAAAUGAGAGAAGAAACAGCAAGGCACAAGGAAAUGGAAAACAGAAAAAAUCGGGAAAUUACUCAGCUUAAGAAGGAAUCAAGAAAGCAUGAAGUUGCUAUAAGAUCACUGGAAGCAGAAAAACGGGCCAAAGAUAUUGUGCUAAAACGACGGCAGGAGGAGGUGGUGGCACUUCGGAAGAUGGCACGGGGUGGCAUGAGUCGCAAGGCAGCUGGUCGUUUGCCACCUAAGGUGAACUCCUCAUCUCCUCGGCUAGCCAAGCAGAAGUGGGCAGCUCUACAGAAGAAUAUUAACGCAGAGACGUUCUACAAACAGCAGACAUCUAACAUGGAGCUUGAGCUGGAAAGGCUCAUCGAAGACCGCAGAAGACUUAAUGAAGUUAUCAAUAUGAAGGAGAGAAAGCUGAGAGACUUAAAAAGCAAACAGCCUGAAGAAAUAGUUCUAAUCCGUGACUUAGAGGAGGAGACCGAAUCUUUAAAGGCCCACCUGAAGUACAUUGAAGAUAGUAUUACAGAAUCACAACAAAAUAUUUUGCAACUUGAAGAGUCUAAAGAUAUAGCGGACUGUGCAGAACUUGUGUCCGGCAUGAGAGACCUGGGAGAGGCAUCCUACAUCAUAGAGAAGCUGUACAACAUGACGGUGUACCAGAGUUAUAUGACAGCACAGAAGGAGGCAGCCCUCCACGAACUGCAAGCCAGGAAAGACCAGUUGGAGAAGGAGAGUGAGACGCAGAGACAGUUGUUGGAGCACAUCGUGGGGAAUCCAACAAAGGACGCUCCACAGGGCAGCUCCAACAGUUCUAAUACUUCGUCUAGAUCCCCAUCACCAACUGACAAUAUAAACGGCAACACGUGCCCAAGUAUUGUCAGGACUGAGAAAUACCGGCGCCGUACAGCGCUGCCUGAAGAACUCCUCUACGUGAAGGAAGAGAGACGUCCUUUGUCCCCCUCUCUCUCCCCUGAGCACAUGCCCCCUCCCACCCGGGCGCUCACUCGAGUGCCAAGUGCCCCCACAUCACUUAAGACGCUGAGUAUAAAGCCUGAACCUCCCAUUCCUUCACCAGUCCUGGGCCGUAAGACGUUAGCAAGGCAAGAUUCCACAUCUCCUCGACCUGUCAGAAGGGGAACGUUUGUUCUGUCCUCUGGCACGUUCCUAGGACGUUCCACAUCCACGUCUAUGGAGCAAGGGUUGGACGUGAGUCCUCCGCAGUCGCCUCCUGCCUACCGCAGGAUGACCAGUCGGGAGGAGAAUGUGUUUUCUCGCCUCACGUCCGGCACCACCCAGGCAUCCGAGCAGCAAAUGGGCAAUGGCGUCAUCUCCACGUAUCAGGGAAAGAUGGCUCUUAGAGCACCCCUGGUCUGCACUCAUGUGGCUGAAGGACACUCAAGGGCAGUUCUGGCAGUAGCUGCCACAGAUGAUCUCCUUUUCACUGCCUCCAGAGACCGCACAGUAAAAGUUUGGGACCUGACCGAGGGCAAGGAGAGUCAAACGCUGAGUGGACACCCUAACAAUGUGGUGGCUGUGAAGUACGACUUGGAGAGUAGACUGCUGUACAGUGUGUCAUCAGCAUACGUCAGGGUGUGGGAUCUCAGGACAUCCAAGUGUUUACGGACAUUAUGUUCAUCAGGGUCCAGCACCAACGGUGUGGUGAGCGGCCAGCAGAUACCAACCGGAGAGGCUCAGAUGAAUGACAUCGCCCUUAACCACAGUGGCAACAUCCUGUACACUGCGGCUUCGGACAGGGUCAGGGUGUGGGAUGUCCGCAAGUUUGCAGUGACGGGCAAGCUGAGUGGAGGCCACCAAGCAGCUGUCAUGUGUCUGGCCGUGGGGAGACUUAGUGCUCACGAGGACAUUGUUGUCACAGGAUCCAAGGAUCACUAUAUUAAGGUGUUUGAGGUGGCAGGGGAGGAGGGUGGGUCAUUCUCUCCCAGAGUCAACCUUGAGCCUCCACACUACGAUGGCAUCCAAUCAUUGGCCAUCAGAGGACAUGAACUGUUCUCUGGCUCUCGGGACUCCAUCAUCAAGAAGUGGGACUUGGACAAGCAAGAACUCAUCACUAGUGUCAGUAAUGCACACAAGGACUGGGUGUGUGGCCUGGCGUACAUUCCUGGCCAGCCAUUGCUGCUCUCAGUGUGUCGUGGUGGAGUGCUCAAACUGUGGUCCUCGGAGAGUUGUCAGCUGCUGGGAGAGAUGAAGGCACACGAUUCUCCCGUCAAUGCCAUCACUACUAACAGUUCCCAUGUCUUCACUGCAGCCAAUGACAACACGGUGCGGCUGUGGAGACUCAACAAUCGCCUAGACAUGUUGGUUAACGUGACGUGACAUGUGUUCUUGCUGCUAGAAGUGCUCCUCAAUACAAUCCUGCGCUUCCUCGCCAGACUGUUCACCAUCUUCCGAGCGUUCCUGCACUCCUGAUAGAGUUGUACAAUUAUUAGUUUUUAUUUUAUUGUUUUAACUAUGUCACUUGUAUUUUAAUAGUGUUGCUUUAAUUACAUUAGUUAUGAAACCAACAGAGAUUUUAACAUUUUUAUUUUAAGUUAAACUUGGAUCAAAAAUAAAAUAAAUGGAAGUACACAUCAUGAAGGCGCUAAUAUUUGAAUCACUUAAUUAUACUGGCUCUAUAGCCUACCACAUCUAUUUUGGCUGGGACACAUAAAAGUCCAUGAUAAGGGCCUAUUUAAAAUGCUCAAUUUAGCUAAUUUACAUUCACAUAUUGUGAAAUAAAUCAAAAUUAGACAUAUUAUAUUCCUAAUGAAAAGCUUUAUAAUAACUGUAACUAAAUAUUGCUUUACACUUCGUUUUGUAAACUCUAUUUUUAGGGGAAAAUAUAUUUGAGUACAUGAAAUAAAGUAGUAAAAACCUAAAAUGGCUUAAUAUAAUAUAUAACAAAUAUGUAUAACUAAUUCUACAGCUAGUGUAGAAAACAUGCCACUGAACAACAUGCAUAAUUUGUCUUGAAAGUUCAGCCUAUUUUUUAACGAAACUUAAGUUAAUUUAACGUUAGUGCCUUUAAUUAGUGUCAUACUACCCUAUUACGAGUAAAUGAUGAUUAAAAAUAUAUAUAAUAGUGAGGCUAAAUUUAAUCAAAAUUAAUGAUUUAUUCAAAAGAUAAAAGACUGUUUGCUUAAUAAAAAGCCUUUUCAUUUUAUUGACAUAGAUAAUUAAGAAAGUAUAUUCAGUUUAUAGUUAAAAGUGAUGCUAAUAUUUUUAACUCUGUUCCUCAUUAGGUGCUGGACAGCUAAUCUUCCUCUAAUGAUAUCUUUCUAAGCAAAGAUUCAUUUUAUCAUCCAGCGAUUUUACAUAUCAUUGUCAGUAUUGAAUCAAUUAAUCUUACACUUAAUCUUACAAUUUUGUUAUAUAAAUAUAUCUUAGAUUUUUAAGCUCUAGACAAUAAUUUUAAAAUAAAGUAUCAUUAGUUAUUAUAUAAGCAGUGAUUUGUAAUUUCUCUGUAUAAAAUGCUGUUAUGGCCUUUUUGCAUUUAUAAUAUUUAUAUUUUAUUUAUUACUUUAUUUCUCUUAUUUAUUUGUCAUCCAUCACCUUUACUAAUUUACCGUUUAAAGUGUAUGUUUUAAGAUUUAGUUUUAUUUAAAUGUGAUAACAGUUUCCAAAGUAUUUUAAUAUUAAUUUGUAUGACUUUUUCAAUUUUAUCUACAACAUAGUAUAUUAAAUCGAUAAGAUUGAAGUUCCACAAAGUUUUAAUAGAGUAGUAGCGUUGUUCUUAUAAGCUCAAAAAUUAUCCAACUAUUAUUUUUGAAAAGCUGUGAUUAAGAAUAAAAAUAUUUAUAACUUUAUAUUUGACCAUAACUUGCUUCUCCAAACAUUCUUGUAUAAUGCAGUAAAGUAUAUAAAAGUUGCCUAAUUUUUUGACUAUGCACUUGACAUUAAUAACACAACAAAUUAUUAUAAAUGAUAUCAACAACAGUAGUUGAUACGUUAUAAAUGAAAGAAGAAAGAAAUUAUAAACUUUUUGAACAAACCCUUGUGAAAUAUUUAAAAUUUUGCAUCAGACCAUUAAUAUAAAUUUUGUAAUGUUGCUUUAUCCACCUGCUUUUUACAUUCUUAUAAUUCGGUUCAUAAUGAUUUAGUUUACAUUUUAUAACUUUUAUGCAAAUUCCUCCUUUUUUUCGUAAAGAUUUAUUACUAAACUAUGGCUUAUAUACAAAUUUAUAAUAAAAAAAGUAACUUAAGUUUACAAGUCUGAAUCUGUAAAAAGCAUUAACAUAGCUUUUAUUUUGAAAGUAAGCUGUAAUUUUAAAUGGCUAAAGAUCUGGUAUUAUCACCAAUAGAUCUUACGUUGGCAACUAACAGUUUUAGAAACAAUAUAAAUAGCAAAUAUAAGUACAUAGUAAAAUUGUUAUAACCAAUAAAGAUAGUGAGUACCUAACGCUAUAGAAUUAACAACAUGUUUAUAUUGGUGCCUUUAUCUUUGUAUGUGAAUAAUAAAUAUUAAAUGCACCUUUUUAUAAACAAGCACUGUGUAAGACAUACAAGAUAGAUGUAUUUAUAUUAUAGCAAAUCAAUGUUUUAUUUUAUUUUACACAUGAAACGGGUUUUUCUAGAAGAUAUUAGAUUCUGUGAAUCUCUUAUGUAAAAAUAUACAUUAGUAAUAAAGUAUUUGUUUACA